AUGGUUGCAUUAACUUCCAUUUUAGAAUCUACAGUUAUUCAAACCUUAAUAGAAAAAAAGGAAUCAAUUAGAGUCAAAUAAAGUGAGUAUCAAAGCAGAAGCCAAAAAUACUAGUUUAUAUGCAUUUAAUAAAUAUAUAUGAGUUUUACUGACACUAUUGUAGAAGCCAUUUUUAAUAUUGUUGAAAGUUUAACAAAAGAGAAAUCAAGUGAUUAAGAAGCUUUAUAAAUUACAAUUAGAGAAAGAGAUUUUUCAAUAUAAAAAUAUUCAUGCUUCAAUCAAUUUUCUAAUUUUAUUAAUUAGGAAUUAAUGCAGCCAAAAAAUAAAUAAACUUAAUAAAGAAGCUAAAACAGAUAAAAUCUUAAGGAUAAAAUGAAAAUUUGGGAUUUUUAAUUAAAUUGA